GCACUCAGCUAGUCGUCUAGUUCCUUUGUGGUAUCCCGAUAUACCAGUUCGUUACCGCACAGGGAUGGGUGCAGGUAUGCUGGUCUUGGGAGGAGAAUGUGGGAAAGUCUGAAAGGUAUCGACACGGGGGCAUCGAGGGUUUAAAUAGCCAGCUCCUUCCCUAGGCAGCUGCUGCCCGGAGAGAGUAACAGUCCCAAUCAACCUGGAGAUUGCGGAAUGAGCAUUGUAAGUGGCGAAAGCUUCGAUACAGCUGGACGCGCUUGACACCCAGUUCUCCUUCCCUCACCAACGCCACGCUUUCCAGGUUCACCAUACUCAUGGGUCCUAUAUCGAGCCAACCCCUUGGUACGGCUUGUCGCCCUUGGAACUCGGGUGGGCCCAAGCAUCACUGGUGCUCAUGGUAGGGCUGUGAGUCUAGCGCGAACUCCCUCGCUCCAUCACUGUGGGGGCAUUGCCGGAGGUGAUCCGCGUUGAUACUGUGCCUGGUUCGCAGAGUACCUAUGUCGCGCCCGAGUCCGAGCGCCCAGAAGCUCCACAACUGUCCGCCCAAGAACUCCAGCAUUACUGGGACCGUGGUAACAAGCGGUGCCCUUCUCGACCAAACCGAGCUACCCACACGCAAGCGAAUACAGUCGACGGCCAACGACGAUGGAUUGCGUUUUGACAACAGUUUUCCCAACGCGCCCGACUGGAAGGCCCUUUUGAAGACCCUAGGUUGGGAAACCAAGGGCCCUCCCGAAUCCUUUUGCCGCUAUCUGGUGCGGAGGGGGAAGUCGGCGAUCAGGAAACUGAGUACGAUUCAAAAAUGCCUACGGCAGCGGUCAGCUGUGUACGGGAAGUACACCGGUACAGAGCUUGAGAAACGGAAUAAAGAUCAUAUUGGAAUCAUACUCAAGAACGAAACUGCACCGAGAUUUGCACUGCGAGUUGAACCGAAGUACAAAAACGUCCUGAACCCCGCAGGGUUUACCUAUCUCGCGCACUUCCGAUGGGUGCGAGACAAGACAACUUUUCAACUCGGACUUGACCGACUGGAUGACGCACUUAUCUGCAUCUUGUUUGUGUGGACCGGUUGCCGGAGACGCGAGUUGGUGUAUGGCAAAUCGAAGAACAUGAACAAGUGAAAAAGAGUACCUAGUUUAGGGACCGAUAAUAGCGCAGAUCAGUAUAUUUAGCCGUGCCCGAAAAUAUGCUGGAUCUGUGAGAGAGUGGACGCGAAGACGAAGUCAACCUUGGAAGUUCUGUGCUGGGGGGAUAUCGAUCUCUGGAUCUUACGCUAUCACGACCGCGACGGCGGCCGAG